AUGGCUGACGUUGAACAACAACUUGAGGCUGAACACUUCGACUUCGGUAAGAAGAAGAAGAAGUCCAGUAAGGAGAAGAAGGUUAAGAAAGAGAAGAAGUCCAAGAGUUCUCAUGAGGGCGAGGAUGCUUCAUUCGAAAGAGGAGUAGUUUAUCCCUAUGAGCAGCUUCUGGCUCGUGUCCACGAGAUGAUCAACGAGAAGAACCCUGCUCUCGGCGGUAGCAAGAGAGCGAUGAGGUUACCUCCUCCGAAGAUCGAGCGGGUCGGUUCCAAGCGUGUAUCGUUCGUCAACUUCGGCGAGAUCUGCGUCAGAAUGAACCGGUCCAAGGAGCACGUUCUACAGUUCUUCCUCUCCGAGUUGGGUACUACUGGCUCUCUUGCUGGUGACGGUCAGCUGAUCCUGAAGGGGCGGUAUAUGGCGAAACAUAUUGAGUCAUUAUUGCGGAAAUAUUUGAGUGCUUAUGUUACCUGUCCGAUGUGCAAGUCGUUGAACACUGAGUUCGUGCGUGACCCUGCCACUCGCCUCUAUGCUAUGAAAUGUAACAACUGUGGUGCAUCUCGAACGGUGCACGCUAUCAAGUCCGGUUUCCAUGCGACUACUCGCGCUGACCGAAAGGCCGCGAAGCUCGCUAAGUAG